AUGCAUGAUGAUGUAUACGUUCGCCUCACUGAGCAGCGAGAUAAGGUUGAAAAGAAUCUCACUAGUCAACUGGAUGACCUCAGGAAGGAGAAUGAUCGCCUCACUGAGCAGCGAGAUGAUGUUGAAAAGAAUCUCACUAGUCAACUGGAUGACCUCAAGAAGGAGAAUGAUCGCCUCACUGAGCAGCGAGAUGAGGUUGAAAAGAAUCUCACUAGUCAACUGGAUGACCUCAAGAAGGAGAAUGAUGACCUCAGGACGGAGAAUGAUGACCUCAGGAAGGAGAAUGAUGAUGUUGAAAAGAAUCUCACUAGUCUACUGGUUCGCCUCACUAAGCAGCGAGAUGAUGUUGAAAAGAAUCUCACUAGUCAACUGGAUUAUGUUGAAAAGAAUCUCACUAGUCUACUGGAUGACCUCAGGAAGGAGAAGGAUGACCUCAAGAAGGAGAGGGAUUAUGUUGAAAAGAAUCUCACUAGUCAACUGGAUGAUGUUGAAAAGAAUCUCACUAGUCGACUGGAGGAGGUUGAAAAGAAUCUCACUAGUCAACUGGUUCGCCUCACUGAGCAGCGAGAUGAGGUUGAAAAGAAUCUCACUAGUCAACUGGAUGACCUCAGGAAGGAGAGGGAUGAGGUUGAAAAGAAUCUCACUAGUCAACUGGAUGACCUCAGGAAGGAGAGGGUGGAUGUGACACUAGACCCUGAUUCUGCAUCUCCCUAGAUCAUCCUCUCUGAGGACAGGAAACAAGUGAGACAUGGACACACGACUGCACCUCCACUGAGAAACUGGAUCCAUUCUUCAGCCCUGGUGGUUCAGAUAGUGUCUCACUGGUCAUCUGUCCCGUAGAUGUCACUGAUUGACUGUUUGUGAAAUGCUUCUUAUUCUGCCAAUGUGCUGUAAAUAUAUGGAAUGAAAAGUAUUUAAAAAAAAUAAAAAUAACAAACAAA